GAUGGCGACCGAGACGGUGGAGCUGCACAAGCUGAAGCUUGCUGAACUAAAGCAAGAAUGCCUUGCUCGUAGUUUAGAGACCAAGGGAAUAAAGCAAGAUCUUAUCAAUCGGCUGCAGACGUAUCUUGAAGAAUAUGCUGAAGAGGAGGCAAAUGAAGAAGAUGUACUGGGAGAUGAGACUGAGGAAGAAGAACCAAAGCCCAUAGAACUGCCUGUUAAAGAGGAAGAACUUCCGGAAAAAACUGUUGAUGUGGCCUCAGAAAAGAAGGUGGUAAAAAUUACAUCUGGAAUACCUCACACUGAAAGAAUGCAGAAGAGGGCUGAACGAUUCAAUGUACCUGUAAGCUUGGAGAGUAAGAAGGCUGCGCGGGCAGCUAGGUUUGGAAUUUCUUCUGUUCCAACAAAAGGUCUGUCAUCUGACACCAAACCUGUGUCUGAGGAUGAUGAGAAGCUGAAAAAGAGGAAGGAGAGAUUUGGGAUUGUGACAAGUUCAGCUGGAACUGGAACCACAGAGGAUACAGAGGCCAAGAAAAGGAAAAGAGCAGAGCGUUUUGGGAUUGCAUAAUGAAAAGUCCAUGCUUUCUGCCCCACAGUGGUUUCCAUUUCUCAAACUCUUGUUGGUUUUUAUACACACACCCUACACACACUCAUGUGCCUCACAGUG